AUGGAGGCUCGCCAACAUGCGGCUGAAGCGGCCGUCUUUGAUCAAUCCAAUUUACUUCAGCGAAAGAAGCUGCUCGUCGUGUUUUCAGCCCUUGCGAUAUCGCAUUUUAUCUGUUUUGUCGACCAAACUGGUAUCGGAGUUGCCUUGCCCACGAUAGGACGUGAUCUUAAUGCAGAAGAUACGAUCAGUUGGGCUGGCACAAGCGCGCUGAUAGCGAAUACGAUCUUCCAAGUGUUGUACGGGAGGAUGAGUGACCUGUUUGGUACAAAAUCCGUUCUUCUGUCCGCCCUCGCGCUUCUCACCGUCUCCGACCUCCUCUGUGGCCUCUCGCGCGAUGCCACGAUGCUGUACGUCUUCCGCGGUCUAUCGGGUGUGGCAAAUGGCGGUAUAGCUUCCCUCUCAGCCAUGAUCGUCUCCGAUAUUGUGACCUUGAAAGAACGCGGGAAAUGGCAAGGUUUGAUAGGCGCAUGCGUGGGACUCGGCAACAUGACUGGACCUUUUAUCGCGGCAGCUUUUGCGCAACAGAGUACCUGGAGAGGCUUCUUCUGGUUCGUUAGCCCGGUUUCAGCGGCUUGCGGGGUGUUGUGUCUUCUGGUGCUGCCUACACCCAAGGAUCAACCGAGAGCGGAUAUGAAACUGGUCUUGAAAAGGAUCGACUAUGGAGGCAUUUUCUUCGGAAGUGCAGGGUUGAUACUGCUUCUGAUUCCCAUUGCGGGAGGCGGUGAUUACUUUGCGUGGGCAUCUCCAAUGGUUGUUUCCAUGCUGGCCGUUGGAGGAUGCUGCAUGGCAGCUUUUGUCUACAUCGAGCACAGCGUCGCUAUACUGCCCAUGAUGCCACUAUCCCUCUUCAGAUCUGGCCCCGUGUCCAUCAUGCUUCUUCAAAACUUUCUCUUCGGAGUAGUAGCCUACUCGCAAACCUACUAUCUACCUCUCUUUUUCCAAAACGCCCGCCUCCUCUCGCCUCUUAUGUCAGCCUCCCUAAUGCUGCCUAUGACCGCCUCACAGAUGGCUUCUUCCAUUCUAUCCGGUCAAUACAUCUCCCGUAGAGAACGCUAUGGCGAGGUAAUUUGGCUAGGCUUCUUCCUUUGGACAUUGAGCGUAGGGUUAACAUGUAUGUUCAAUCUCUCCACGCCAAUUUGGACAAUGGUUGUCAUUCUUUCUGUCCAAGGAUUAGGGAUUGGUGCCGUUUUUCAGCCCACAUUGGUUGCAAUACAAGCCCACUGUACCAAAUCCCAGCGUGCAGUCGUCAUCUCGAACCGCAACUUCAUUCGCAGUCUCGGCGGUGCUGUGGGUCUUGCAAUAUCCGCUGCUGCACUGCAGAACUCUUUGCAUACUGCAAUGCCAGCAGAAUUCCGAUCACUAUCGCUCUCUUCAUACGACACAACCGACUUUAACUCACUGAACCCACGGCAGAUUUUGCAGAUUUUGCAGGCGUACGCAACAGCGAGUCGGACGGUCUUCAUCAUGAAUGUACCGUUCAUGGGGCUAUGUUUACUUGGGUGCUUCUUCAUUGAAGAUAGAGGUCUGCAGAGGCCAGAUGAGGUUGGAGAAGAUGUGCAAUUAAAGGAGAGGCAUGAUGGUGGAGGUGGAGAGGUUGAAGUGAGCGGCGACAGAAGAGACCAUGGGAAAAGGAUGAAUGAAGAUGUCAUUGUGUUGUCACGGUAA